UAAUAAAUAUAUUGAUGACUAAGUUGCAACAGUGGAUCUAUGAGGUUCUGUUUAUAUUCAUAUUAUUUAUGUAUAUGAGAACACAGUAAAAACUAAAGAGUGUCUUCUGAAGAAUGGGUGGUACGGAUAACGAAAAUUUAAAAAUAACUGUAGUUGGAGAUGGUUUAGUUGGAAAAACCUGUUUAUUAAUCGUUUAUACAUCAAAAGAAUUUCCAACAGAAUAUGUGCCUACAGUAUUUGAAAAUUAUUCAGGUGAAAUAGUUGUUGAUGAAAAGACAUAUAGUUUAUCGUUAUGGGAUACAGCGGGCCAAGAAGAUUAUGAACGACUUCGGCCUCUAUCAUACCCAAAGACAAGAUGUUUUCUUUUAUGUUAUGCUGUAAAUUCUAGGCCUUCGUUCGAUAAUAUUUUAUCCAAAUGGUAUCCUGAAGUUAAACAUUUUAAACCUGAUAUUCCAAUUAUCCUAGUCGCAACAAAAAUAGAUUUACGUAAUGAUCCAACAUUAGACACAAUUUCAACAGCAGAAGGUAAACGAUUGCGGAAAAAAAUUAAAGCGUAUAAAUUAGUCGAAUGUUCAGCAAAAAAUCAAGAAGGCUUAGAUGACGUAUUUACAGAGGCUGUAAGAGCAGCAGUUUCUGCACCAAAAACAAAACAAUUCGGGAAUUGUAUACUUUUAUAAAUUAAUAAUAUUUAUUAUUAUUUAUACAAUUUUUUACAAUCACUGCCUGAACAAAAUAAGUUAUUUUGAGUCGAUAAAACCAACCUGGAUUCAAUGUUUUUGUUUAUAUUAAAUUUAUAAUCGUUCUAAAAAUAA